GUGGUGUUGAUGAGAGUGAUGGUGGUGUGAGUGGUGGCUGUGGUGGUGACACGCCGUGACGUCGCACUGACGUCGCGUCCCGUGUUCGUGUUUACACGAGAGCCGGGACCCGAGCUGCGCGUUCCUCCUCACCCACUUCGCCGCGUGCGAGACCCACGAUCAACGUCCGGUUAAGAUCAAUUCCAUUACCAGGUCGGCGAACCCCCGCGCCAGCCAUCAUCGUCAUCGUUGGGGCAGCCCGGUUGGACAUGAGCGCCGGUUAAGAGGUGCAGCUGGUUUCUGUGGCUGCAUCGUUGAGGGCCCCCUCACCAGUCGCCACGCACAGCUCGCGCCAGCCUCAAGUUUAAGCCAACGAAUUUGGGUCGGCUCCACUAAUCUUGAAAACAUCACUGCGGUCACGAUGGGCGGAGCGGUGAGCGCGGGCGAGGACAACGACGACCUGAUAGACAACCUGAAGGAGGCAUCGUACAUCCGCUCCGAGGAGGUGGAGAGGGCCUUCCGUGCCGUGGACCGCGCCCAGUACUACCUGGAGGAGUUCCGCGACAGUGCCUAUCGUGACCUCGCCUGGAAGCACGGCAACAUCCACCUGUCAGCCCCAUGCAUCUAUUCUGAGGUCAUGGAGGCACUGAAGCUGCGGCGUGGGCUAUCCUUCCUUAACCUGGGCAGCGGCACAGGCUACCUGAGCACCAUGGUUGGGCUCAUGUUGGGUCCAUUUGGUGUGAACCACGGCGUGGAGCUGCAUGGGGACGUGGUGGAGUACGCACGUGAGAAACUCGAUGUCUUCAUCAAGACGAGCGACGCCUUUGACAGGUUUGAGCUGUGUGAGCCACGCUUCGUGGUCGGGAACUGCCUGGAGAUGCGCGUGGAGAGCGUGCAGUACGACCGUGUGUAUUGCGGCGCUGGCGUGCAGAAGGACCACGAAAACUUCAUGAAGAACCUGGUGCGCGUUGGGGGCAUCCUCGUCAUGCCCAUGGAGGACCAGCUGACACAGAUCACACGGACAGGACAGAACGCGUGGGACGUGAAGAACAUUCUGGCCGUGUCCUUCGCUUCGCUGGUGCUGCCCGGAACCACGCGCAUGGACGGCGGCGGCAUCUGCCUGCCUCUCCUGGAGGUGCGCUCUCUGCAAGAUCUGGCCCGUCUCGCGAUCCGGCACACGCUGCGAGAGCUCAUUAAUGCCGAGACGGGAGGUCAGGGCUUCUACUCGAGCCCUAGGCCCCCGAAGCCAAGACGUAAGCGCCGUCGUCCCCGUGGCCGUCGCAUCAACACGUUUGUGUUCGUGGGGAAUCAGCUGCUGCCGCACCACUUCGACUCAGACUAUGAGAGCGAUGAAGCCCGUGCGGAGGAGGGGGGCGGCGGCGGGGGCACCGGUGAUGGCGCCAGGGAUGCGUGUGAGGGCGCCGACCCCGACGCGGACGACGCGGAUCCCGAUGCUGUUGACCGCGACGCGGUCCCGGCGCUCGCGGAAGACGGCGCCGCUGUGUCGGCCGUGAUAGCCACGCCCAAGGGAUGCGGCAGCGGCAACAGCACAGGCACCAACUGCGUGGGUGGCGCGCACAGCACCAGCUCCAGCAGCUGCAGCAGCGCUAGCGGCACUGUGGGCGGGCGGCUGGCGGGGGAGGAGCCCGAGCGCAACUUCCUGCGUGAGCGCGUGCUGGCGCUGCCCCUGCCUGAGCCUCUCAAGGCGUUCCUGCUCUACUUCCGUGAUAAGUGACGGCCUCCUGAAGGAGGCGUGAAGCGUCGCAAAGCGCCCUCGAUUUGACGACCGCGAAGAUAAAAUUUCACCGAACUGCCGGCCCCGCACGGCGCUUGGCGCUUGUCACAGGACACGCGCUCAGGGAAUUCUUAAAAAUGCCCCUCAAGACGAGCGUCUGAGUCUGCUGCUGCUGCUGCCGGGACCCUCGGCUUCCUCCAGGGAGCGACCCCCUCCCUCGUGCUGCAGGCCUGGGCUCCACUCUUCCUCGGUGUUGCUUGUGGAGCACCGGACCGCUUGUAGGGUUUUAGGGCAACAUCUAGCCUCUACUAAAUCGCUGCUCUGUACUUCACGCAGCAAGUAGUCUGUUCUGACCGCUUUGAGUGUGUAGAGUGUCACUUUUUCCACCCAGGUGUUUAUGUGAUGACUUAAGCAGAGUGGGUCCGGUAGCAUUGCCUCUGUCAAACGAGGAGAAAACCCCGUGGGCUUGCGCCGAUCCACUUUUGACGCUGUACAUGAGUUGUAAAUAGCGUUUAAGAUAAAACGUAAGAAAAAAAGUCUAAAAUCAUGUUAGCCUUGUAUCGCAAUAUUAUACCGUUUUGAAAGGCUGAGCUGUGCGGCCUCGUGUCCCUGGGCGUGCGGGCAGCCACUGCGGUCGGUGAGCACUUUACCACACGCGACGGCGGGGUCGACUCGAAAUCGCCGAGGCUGCGAGGACCCAGCGGUGCCACAGCCACUCUGCUCGAGAACGAUGCUGGGGAUGGCAGGGGAGCACGGUGGCGCCGUGAACGUGGGGCCCUGCGCAGUGAUCGCCCCUCCCUCCCUGUAGCCAAUUAGAGCAGCACAUGUCGUCAUUCGUUUUUUUAUUAUUAAUGUAGGGAUCCAUGUGUUUUUAACUUUUCAUGAAACACAAUGUCAGCCGAUUUGUAGCCGAUUUUCAGUGAAGAGCAGUGGUGAGGGUCACAGAGUUUGGUGAUGUGGGAGCUGAGGUUUUUGCAGAAAAAAUUGCAAUGGAAUGGAAUUUCGUGGAAUCCCGGAUGCGGAGAGAAGUCUGAGUCUUAGCGCUGGCGCGAGAGUGCCAGGACAGAUGGGUGGCGGCGCGUGUAGAGGUGUUCCUCGAUGUGCGUCACGGAGCCAUGUAGAUAAACGCAAUCAUCAAUAAAAAUGAGAAUCAAA